AUGUACAAGGAGCUCGAAGACGCUGUCCAUUCAACUGGGUCGCUUCUCUUCUUCUUGCCCCCGUACUCCCCACAACUAAACCCGAUUGAAGUCUUCUUCAGCCUACUCAAGCGAUGGGCCAACAAAUACCGAAUUGCCUUUCCGGGUCAAAGCAACGUAUUUUCUCUGUGGGGUAUUCAAAGCAACUUUAACCUAUGUCUCCCAUGGAGUUUGAGCACCCCACACGAGACGGUCGUUGCUGGCGCCAGCAUGACAACGACCACAGACUUUAUGGCCGCUGACCGUCAUUUCGUCGGCUUGGACGAGAUCACCACUGGGGUAUGGCCAACUCGAGUACGUCCGGCACUGGACAUUUGA